GCAUGUGAAUGACACCUGUAAAAGAGUCGUCUUCAUCAUAAUAAUCAUCCAUUCGAGGGUUUUCAAGUCCAUACGAUUCUCUCCAUUUUCUUCACAAACGGAUUCUGGUCAAACUGUUGACUUUUUUCGCACUCAGUGAAGCUUUGAAUCAUGGCGUGUAGAAUUGCUAAAGAUGUGACUGAAUUGAUUGGGAACACUCCAUUGGUGUAUUUGAACAACGUGGCUGAAGGAUGUGUUGGUCGUGUUGCUGCUAAGCUUGAGAUGAUGGAACCUUGCUCCAGCGUCAAAGACAGGUUUCUGCUUUUUGUACUGAACUAUGCCAUGUUUCCUCGUUUCGGUUUUUGUGUAAACCUUGUUUCUUCUUGCAGGAUUGGUUUUAGCAUGAUUUCUGAUGCGGAGAAACAGGGUCUUAUCAAACCAGGAGAGAGUGUGCUGAUUGAGCCAACAAGUGGAAACACCGGAGUUGGAUUAGCAUUUACAGCAGCUGCCAAGGGCUACAAGCUUAUUAUUACGAUGCCAGCUUCAAUGAGUAUUGAGAGAAGAAUCAUUCUCUUAGCUUUUGGAGUUGAGUUGGUUUUGACUGACCCAGCCAAGGGCAUGAAAGGAGCUAUCGCUAAGGCGGAAGAGAUUUUGGCCAAAACACCCAACGGUUACAUGCUCCAACAGUUUGAGAACCCUGCCAACCCAAAGAUUCACUAUGAGACAACUGGACCUGAGAUAUGGAAAGGCACUGAUGGAAAGAUCGAUGGCUUUGUUUCUGGGAUUGGUACUGGUGGUACCAUUACAGGUGCAGGAAAAUAUCUUAAAGAACAGAAUGCCAACGUCAAGCUGUAUGGAGUGGAGCCAGUUGAAAGUGCUAUUCUAUCCGGUGGGAAGCCAGGCCCUCACAAAAUUCAAGGGAUAGGAGCUGGCUUUAUACCAAGUGUAUUGAAUGUUGAUCUUAUAGAUGAAGUUGUUCAGGUUUCAAGUGAUGAAUCCAUCGACAUGGCAAGGCAACUUGCUCUGAAGGAAGGACUUCUUGUGGGAAUAUCAUCUGGUGCAGCAGCAGCUGCAGCAAUCAAACUUGCAAAGAAGCCAGAAAACGCUGGGAAGCUGUUUGUGGCGAUAUUCCCGAGUUUCGGGGAGAGGUAUCUAUCGACAGUCCUAUUCGAUGCAACAAGGAAAGAAGCGGAAUCUAUGACCUUCGAGGCUUGAAAAGUCUCCAUUUCUUCUUAAGAGACGCCAAAAUAAAAGAGAUGUCCACAGUUUCUCCUACAGAGGCUCUUCAUCUGCAGUUGCAGUGCGUCUUUGCUUCUAUCUGUAUCUUAUUUUGUGUGACAAUAAAAAUUAAAAAUGAAACUUCUCUAUUUGUUGUGUGAACCACUUGUUGUUAAUGAAGUUUACAAGUCUUUGUCAGUA